CAAAGUUGUAAAGUGUUUCGUGCCAGUGAGCUACCAUGGCGCACAGUAAGGUGCUGUCGCUUAUUGUGUCGGUCACGGUUGGAGCGCUGCUUUUUGUAGCGUCGUCGGCAUCAGAGGCGAAUAUUGGCUUGAGUGCCGAGGAGGAACAGCUGAUGGAUUGGAUAGCGCAGGAAGGUGGGAACUUUAGCGUCGCUCUUGGUAGGAAUGCUGACGGCCUUCGGGGCGUCUUCACUACGCGGAGCGCUCGGAAGGGCGAGGUAUUAAUUCACAUACCGGAACACCUCGCCCUAUCUGUCAAGCCCCUGGCCGCUGCGGAGGUGGCGCCGUUGCUACUGAAGGAGCUGCAUACUCCAUGUUCACGAUUGCGGCCUUAUAUGGAUACCUUGCCCAAGGAAGGCGAGGUGUUAACAGCGUACAACUUCCCGGAUGAGUACGUCAAGUAUCUGGCUAACGAGGCCCUGGAGAGUCAUAUCACCACGGCCUUUAAGCGACACGCACAUGCGACCUUCGAGGGCCGCAACAACGGAAAAAUGGCAAUUACCAUUCCCGAGGCGGUGGGCCGCAUGAACGUUAGCCUGUCGUACUGGCUGCACGUGGUGUCGCUGCUGAGUUCGCGCACCUUUUCGCUGCGGGACGGGGUGCUGUCCAUGAUACCGCUGCUGGACAUGGUGAACCAUGACAGCCGGGACGAGAACUAUGUUGACGCGAAGGACGGAGGCUACAGGCUGAUCGCGGGUCGGGACCUGGCAGCGGGCGAGGAGGUGACCAUUUCGUACGGUUCGCUGCGCUCGGACGAACUGCUGCUGUUCUACGGCUUCCUGGACACCGUCACCUCCCCUCCGCAGCUGCUGGCCACCGACCACCGCAACUACACGGGCCGGUUCUUCGAGCUGCAGCCGCAGGAGGAGGAGCCGACAGAUGCCGAGGCCGCUGCGGAGGUGGAGCGGCUGCAGCGCCUGCUGGGGGAGUUUGACAGGCGGCUGGAGGAGCUGGGGCCGGUGCCAGAUACCGACCCACGGGUCGCAAACCUGGUUCGCGCGUACCAUGCGCAGCGGCGCCUCGCCAUUGAAAGCGAGUUGGCGCGGUUGCAGAGGGGCGAGGGACAGCGAACGGAGCUGUAGGCUUUUCAGGAGCUGAGGCGGCGCAGGGGAGCGUGCGUACUUAUGGGGAACCAAUCGAUGAUGGGGAUUGACACGGUAGUUUAUUAGGUUAGCGUAAUGCCAAAUGCAUAGGGAAUGCGAUUAAAUAGCAGCAGGCGAACUUGAAUACUGCUAUAUAUGCGUGCGUCAGCGUGAGUUGCUAGGGCACUGCGAGAACGGCUGCACGGCGUGCAUGGUUAUUUUGAUCCCUUAUACACGCUAUUUACGCCACUCUUUACACAAUGCAAAUAAGUACACAUGGUUGAAAGUUACACAUGGUUUCUGGUAUUAUUGGUGGGCUUGCCUGUCAUUGCAGGCAUGCAUGGUGCCUUCAUGAUCCCAGAGCUGAGUUGGGUCUGACCCCCAUCACAUGCAAGCGCUUGCUACACAUGCAAGCGCUCAAUUUCUUGGAAGUUUUCUAAUGCAUUUUCUCCGGCUGUGCUUCUUUUGGAACGAGGGUGGUUUCUCAUUCUGUUGGAUACCGGUAGUUGGAUUGUUAGCUGUUGAUCCAUUGGAUUUGGAUGAGGUGUGAGCUGCUUUCCAAAGCCUUGCGACACAUGCAGGGACCUACAUGAAUGGUUGACGUAUAGAUCUGCUGGCCCGUUACGGUUUUGUCUUUCCGGCGUGUUCCGUUUCUUUUGCCGUGUAGGGUUGGGUUCACCGCCCGUGUUCCCUUUUAGUGACCACUGUAAUGGUCAUUCACAUCACCGAGCGGUA